AGGAGAAGGAGAUCUAGUUUCAAAAAGGCGAGUCAGAAGAAUAAAAGCAAAGAAGUCAAAAAGGAAUUCGACUCUGUAGACCUUCCGCAGCGAAACAAAGCACUUCCAUUGAAGCAUAUAAUACAAGGAUCAAAAACUGUUGCUGCUGCAUUGGUUGCUGCGCUAGGCUCCCCAAAAGAGGCAAGAGUGGAUCACGACGCUGCCGAAGGAUCAUCAUAUCAUGUGUCGAUUUCAAAUCCAGCUAUAAAUGGAGCUACGACAAGAACCGAAGGGGAAUUACAAGCUACUCCUGCUGUUGUCGUUAAAAAGCCUCGAUUAGCAAGUGGAAACGAGAACACUGCGGAGAAGAUCAGCGCUGUUGAUAAGCAAAUCAGGCGGCGUUUACGAUCGUCAUCGGGCCGUAGGAAAAUCGCAUCCGACGCAACUUCUUCUGAAACAUAA